AUGGGCUUAAAGCUUCCAGAAAGGAUUGAUAAACGUUUUAGUGUGCUAUUCACUUUCAUAAAAAGCUUAUUCGAAAAUAUAGCAAUUAAAAUGGGAAAUAAAACUUAUCCAGCGAGAUCUGAUGCAAAUGAAGAAAGCAUCUUUACAAAAAAUCCAGAUGAUAUACCUAUCACCAUCGAAAAAGCAAAAAACUCAAGAAUUUCAUCGGCAGCAGAAGGGACUUUCAUAUUGCCUAAAUCAAUAACACCUGUAAAUCUGACUGAUAUGAUUUAUUUUAUAGUCAAGGAACAAAUUAAUCUGUAUUUAGAAGGAGAAAGCGUGACCCGAAACUGCACAAGUAUUGAAACUCUUUAUAUGCGUCUGAAGUCAGAUGAUGGCUUUUUGAAGUUUAUAUAUGAUUCUAUUAACCAGACUAAAAAAGAAGAUUCAGUCAUAUUAGAUGAAUAUAUCCAGCCUUGUCCGAUCCCAAACCAGGUUGAAGAAGGCUUCAUAGGACUUAAAUUGAUGCCGAAAAAUGAUUCUAGAAUUCCUAGUCUAAAAAAGAAUAAAGUUAAAAUCUUUGAAGAAUGCAGUGGGACGCAACUGGUGCUGAUUAUGAAAAGAAUGCUUGGAAUUUCUAAAAACCAAAAUAUAUAUAUUUAUAAAACAGAUGGAUUGCAUAUAAACUACAGCGAAAGCCUGAAAAACCUCAAACGCUUAGCCAGCGUAGAUGGCUUAAUUCAUCUGCGAUAUUCUGAUAGAUAUAGGUAA